CGUUCGUACAUCUUUCGUUUGACAGAUGAUAAAGUGCCUGCCGUGCUGUGCUGCUUUUUCUGUCCGUCGUCCCUCUGAUUAGAAACCUAGACCACUCCUAUUAGACAAAAUCUAGUGUUUCACGAUUUUCGUGACUAUCUUGCGAGAGAUGUAGUGUUGUGAUCUCAUAAUCAUAGUGAUAUGGCCUAGUGUUUGUGUACCAGAGUUACAAAAACUAGUCAGGAUGAGUGGGCGCUCGAAACACGGAGUAUUUGGGAAGUUAUUCUCGAAGAAGCACAACAACAGGGAAUCAGAGCGGGUUGCAGAGAUAGGAAUGCCUACGAAUGUGAAACGACACAUCCAUGUGAGUAAAAACUCGGAAACUGGAAUGCUUGAGGGCCUCCCAACGCCCUGGCUUCGAGUCUUAAAUGCACAGAUCACGCCAGCUGAACAAAAUGAGAACCCAGACGCGGCCAUCAAAGCCGUUAUAUUUCACAUGUACCAGAUGCAAAAAGAGAAGGCUCAAGAUGAGCCAUUCAAACCCUUUGUCACGCCUGAAGCAAUUACCAAAGAAGACAUGGAAAUAAAGAAGCUAGUAGACCACAAAAAUGCUCAUCAAAGUCAGGAUUCGGACCUGUCUAUAGGUCAAAGUAGUGAAGAAGACACUGUGCCAACAGAAACUUACUCGCAAAGACAAACUAUGCCUGCAACUCCUAUAACAAAUAAUUUAAAGAAAAAAGAUGCUGCAGUAGACUUAACGGCGGUCUUGGAGGACCUUACUCUCAUCGGAGAUGAGCCUGAAGAGAGCCCGAUCAUGAGAAAGAAGGAUAUUAGGUCCACAUUGACUGACGAGGAAGUUUAUGAGGAGCUAAGACGGAUCUGUAACAAGGAUGACCCAUACAUGAGGUUUGAGAGAGUCAAGGAGCUGGGUGCUGGGGCUUCAGGUGUCGUGUUCAUCGCCAUAGAUAGCAAGGACAACUCCAAGGUUGCGAUUAAGGACAUCGACCUAACCAAACAGACCAAAAAGGAACUCAUACUCAACGAAAUCAAUGUCCUAAAAGAUUUCAACCACAAAAACUUGGUCAACUUUCUCGACGCCUUCCUCAGUUACGAUCAUCUCUGGGUCGCUAUGGAGUUGCUAGAUGGAGGCUCAUUGACAGACGUAGUCACUGAAGUAGUCAUGAAGGAAGGACAGAUAGCCGCCGUAUGCCGGGAGACGCUCCAAGCAAUAUCUUUCUUACAUUCAAAAGGAACAAUCCACAGGGACAUCAAAUCUGACAAUGUUCUACUCGGCAUGGACGGCACAGUAAAAGUGACGGAUUUUGGCUUCUGUGCAAAUAUCGUCGGCGACGAAAAAAGACAGACUAUGGUCGGCACGCCUUAUUGGAUGGCGCCAGAAGUCGUUACCAGAAAACAGUACGGUAAGAAAGUUGAUGUUUGGUCUCUUGGCAUCAUGGCAAUAGAAAUGAUAGAAGGGGAGCCGCCUUAUAUGAAGGAGACUCCUUUGAGGGCUCUGUAUUUGAUAGCUGCGGUUGGACGGCCCAAAAUUCCAAGGUGGGAGAAGCUCUCCCCCAAUUUCCAAGACUUUUUGGACAAGUGCCUUCAAGUAGAUGUAGAUAUGCGCGCCACCGCCGACGACUUACUGGCACACCCGUUCCUCGAGUGUGCCAUGGAGCUAAGAACCUUGACGCCGCUCAUAAAAGCCGCGCAGAAAAUUCUACACAAAAAUUAUGACUGAGUAAUGUAACUCUUCCAUUCCCCUUUUACCCCACUUUUGUAGCUGUUGCGAUUUUCUAAUCUAAUUGUUAACUUUAGGAACUUAUGGAGGUGCCAAUAUUAUGAUAGUAUUUUUGCUAUUUGUUUAGGUAUUUUGUACCUAGCACGAGGCGAAGUGCGGGAGUGCAUUUCACACAUUCGAAUCGUUUCGAAAUGAGACACAGCGAACCUAUCACAUUGCGCCAUUGUGACGCAACAACAACCACAUUGCAAUGUGAUUGGUUCGCUGCGCCUCACUUCGAAACAAUUCGAUAUUGAGAAGUGAAAUGUAAAUUCGCACUUCGCCCUCAAGUUAAAUUAAGGAUGUUACAAAAAGUAUUUUUUGCUAAUAUUUCUUUCAAUGGUAAACGUAAUUUUGAAAUUAUUCAUAUAACGUUGAUAUUGAAGUUGUAGUAAGUAAUUAAUUCCGUGACGACGCGUAUUUUUGAAAGAUGUAUGUAAAUUUUUAUAUUUAGCGUAAAACAAAAGAUUUGACAAUACGCGAUGCGCUACAAGUCUUAUCGACGAGAUAUGUUAUCUGCAGAUAUCUAUAGAUAUUUACAUCACACCAAAAAAUAUACGCAAGACAUACUACGAUGGCCUAUGAAACACGAUGUACAAUAUUGAAAUGCCAUAUAUUUCCAAAGUAUUAAGGCAUUCGCCUUAAACCAUUGUCUAGUUACUUAAGAAUAAUCUGUCCAAUUCGUAAGAGCUGGUUGCUUGUUGAAAUGCAUUUAUGUAAUUUAAAAAUUGUAUAAUUUGAACUAUUUUUAUAGAUAGCAAAACUUCAUGGAAACCUAAUUAUGUAAUCAAAAGAAAUAUUUUUAAGUCUUCAAAGUGGAACUUAAGCCCGUAUUGGUUUUCAUUCUAAAAAAAGUUAUCCUCGUUCUAGUUAUUUAAAAACCACAGAUAUUCAAAAUUAGUGGUGCCAUCUAUUGUGAGGAAUAUUGCAGGAUGCUCAAAAAUAUAUUUAUUGUUACCAUAUAGCCAUACCAAAGCAAAUUGAAACGGUUAGAAGUGGUGUCUUCUCAGAGCUGACCUUGCCCUUCGGAUUUGUUACAAAAAUACACCAUAUAAUUGGCAAAUUGGCUUGCCUAUUGAAAUUGAUGGCUCAUCCUUUCAAUGUUGUCUGUAGAAGCACUAUUUAGUAAUGCAUAACGAGAAUAACCUGUUAGUUAAAUUUUUGAAAGAUGAAUUUCUUAUUAAGUUUUGCUAUCUAAAAUUUUUUAAAUAUUGGUGCGUGGAAUAUGUUUAUUUUAACCAAAAAUGUACAUAAUUAAAUUUUAGCUAGUAUUACGCCUCUUCUGGUUUAUCCAUAUUCCAUACAAUCGGAAAUUCCAUAGUCAAUCUUAUGAUUCAAACAUUCCUUUUUAGCCUGAGAAUGUAAACAAAUGAGUAUUUUCAUACUGAGCUUUCUAGAGUAAACUAACGCGGUAAACCUAAUAACAAGACUGUAUCUAAACGUAAUACGUCUGCAAUGUAUUAUGUGAUGACCUCCUAUUUUGUCUUUGAACAAAAGUAUGAUGAUUGAGAGUAAGAUUCUUCCAACAAGUGAUGGUCAUUGGAAGAUAAAUGUAUGUAAGAUUCGAGGAGAAUUCUCUUGAGUUCUACAGAUUAUUUAUUCAUAGAAUAAAUUGAGGAUUUGAUUGUUCGGUUCGUACCACACAAAGUAAGAAUUUGCAAAAUUAUGUUGUACUAAAAACUGAGUCGUAUUACUAUCAGUGUUCAUUUGUUGUUCUUUGUGAUCUGUUUCGAGCAAGACACAACAAAGUUAAUCGGCCAUACACUUGAUGAUUUUUUAAACAACCGGUCAGCAAUUUUCUAUUUACUAAAGCCGAAAUAUAAUAUUAGGUGUGUCUUAUUUUAUAAGUAUAAAGAAUAUUCUGAAAUAUAAACUCGAUCAAUUGUCUUUUUGUCUUAUGGUACGAAGCGAGUCUUGUAUGCAAUUUCGUGACAUCGGCGCGAAGGCCAUGUAAUUAAAUUAAGGUCUGACGCAGUGCAUCGGCCAGGACGACAUGACGUUACAUGGAUAAAGGUACCUUAUGGAGGGUUUUUUGUGUGUGUUUUUAUUUUUGUAUCUGAAUAGUUCUUGAGUAGCAGAUUAAAAUAAUAUGCGUAACUAAAAAUCGACGAUAAGGUACCUUUGCCCAUGGAAUGUCUUACGACAUUACUAAUUUGGUUAAUAAAACUGCCAUCCAUAAUGAUUGAGGCUCAUCCGGCGCCCUUGGCAGACAGAGUUAAAGAACUGCAUCAUUAUGGGACUAGUUGUAUGUACCAAUACUUUAAUUACCUUUCGCAAAAUCAUAUAAACUACUACAAGUGUUAUAAUAAAAACUGACAAUUAGGUAAUUAAAAUUCAUAACAUUUCACAGCAUAGAAAAUAUUAAUAAUAAUUAAAUAAAAAAAACAUGAUUAUUUAAUAUCACUUUACUUGCAACUUUAUUAAUAACGUGAUUUACAAUUUUUUAAGUACCUAUAUAAGGAAUGCUGUUCAAGUCUGAAUUAAUGACGAAUUUUGACAUCACUAUGAUACAAGUUCCAUUGACGUUAUAUACAUUUAGAAAAAAAAUGUCAUUGAAACUUGUAUUGUUGUGAAAUAGCCUAAUUAUAAAUGUUAUUUCAUUGAAGUUCAAAUCUUUUGGUUCCAUUUAUAUUAUAAAACCAUUUUUAUCAUGAAACAUCAAGUGACAAUACAAAAAAAGGAGCUAACUUUUUAACUUAAGUCUUAAAAAUUAUGUGUUCUAAUAUUAGAACACAUAACGAAUAUUCGUACGAAUUCAAACAUGUCUCCUGCUGGCCACCCACUAUCGACGAACUCAGAUCUUUUCGCAACGCGAAUGUACGUACAUUGCUUUGUUUGUAUGAGUUUUUAUUCACUGUGAGGAAAAACCAACAAUGUAGGUACGUCGAAACGAAAAUUCACGUAUUAUUUGUGAAUUGAAUUUUGGCCAAACAGACAGAGAAAACGAGAGACGCGCAACCAUAUAUAACCAAUUCGCGCCUUUCUGAGAACUAUAAAAUGAUGCCUUAAUAAGAUUUGCUGAUGUUUUAGCUGUAAAUUUUAUUACAUUUGCUGCUUGCAUUACACAAUAUUAAUUGAUGUCUAAGAAUAAAUAAAUACGACCCGCAGAAAAGCGACAAGUAUCAAGUAACGAACUUUCACAUUUUCUUAUAUGUAAAUUCUAAGCUUGCUAAUUAUAUAAGAGUUACUUUUUAAAUUGCUGCAAUUUCAGAAAUAUUAUUGUUACAAAUAUUUGAUACAAGAUAUAUUUGUCUCUAUCGCUUCAAAGUAUGUAAAGCGAGAUAGCAAUUCACUACUAUCAGCUGAAUUUAGCAACGUUAAUAGCUCAAACGAUGCUAUUCUCGUAUAUUGCAGAUUUUUCCUUGUAUGGGAACAGGAUAUCUAAUUUUAGGCGUAUGUUUAAGGGCAUUGGUUAUGUUUCCACCGCGAGUGCCUGUAACCCCAUGGCCCUAUUAUCGGACGAAUUAUUGCUAUCUCUCUCGCUCGCUACGAAAAUCUUAUGAUGUGUGAAAGGGUAUGCGAUAGUUCGGCGUUAUAUUGCGGCAUCAGGGUAAGCAAUAGCUCUUAAUAUUACAAUCUAUUUAUAGGUCAGCGUUUCUUAACCUUAUGAAAAUUAAAUUACGCGAUUGUAAUCGACUCGGAAAAUGUUAUAAAAAUAUAAUUAAAUAGUGACGUUAAUGUCUCGUAUUACUGUCAAAGUAAAUUAAGCCUAUUUGGGAUGGGCAUAGAUACCAACUUAGCCUGACAUCAAUAUAACAUAUAUUAGUAUGUGUUGUAGAUUUUUUGUGUUCUGAGGUCCAUACAAAUAGGUACUAGUCGAUCAAGCACAACACCAAAUGGUGCUUUUAUUUUCAGUUACACAUUUUGUACAAUGUAUGAAUUUAAUUUUAUCUUGGAUAAGUAUUAGUUAAUGUAUUAUUUCAAUUUAAAUAUGGUUAUAAUUUAUGGAUACUGUAUUAUGUGAUUAAAAAAGUGUUAAUAUUAUAAUUACAUUAAUAAUGAAAAUUUUAUGUUACUUAUUUGAAAAGUUGUUGUGGUUCUAAAAGGUUGAGAAACGCUGCUUUAGUUGUAGUUUUCACACGCAACGAAUUCGUGUAUCAUAAAUUGUGUUUGCUACUGCUGUAUGUAGUCUGUAAGUUUAUACACACCAAUUACACUUUUUGAACAUUUUAUUAUUGCAUAAUUGCCUAUUAAAUUAUUUUUGUAAACUUUA